GUCUGUGUCGGAGGGGGGCGGUGUGUGCCGAGCCGCUCCGUGCGCUCACUGGCUGCUCUGUCUCUAAUGUGUGAGAGUCCUCUCAGAGGUCUGGCCACCGGGACCGACGUUUGGUCAUUAGGUGACCGAAGCUCGCAGUGUGCGGACGCUCCAGCACCGCCUUCAGUCCGACCCCGGGACCGGGAGAAGUCAGACAGAGGAGACUUUACGCACAGCUCCGCUGAGGAGAUGGAAUGCAUUGAAAGGACUCCGACUCUGUGAAAGUUUGCGUUUUGCUCAUGGAGAAGCAAAUUACAGACAAUUAAUCGGAAUGCAGUCAAGCUUCACAGUCGCCUUGUUUUGAGGUGCAGCAGAGGAUGACACCUGCACCCCCCCUUGGUGCGGACCACACUUGGCAUCUUUGAAUAGUAGGUCAAAGCUUCUGCGAGAGUGACUUUCUGCCUCUCAUUCUGCACUCAUAUCACAGUCCCGCUCGCUCUGGUCCCCGGUUAUUUUCUGCAGCUGCAGAAUCAGUGCAUGUGUUGCGCUCCUAUAGCCUAUGUCUUCAUCUUUGCAUCGUCGCGGACUGCGGCAAGAACACACAAGCGGGCAAUCAUCUCGUACCUGGACUGCGCGUAAACGCAGCACUCUCUGACAUGCCUGCACUGUUCACCUCUUCAUGAGAUCACACCUCCUGGAUAUUUAGAAUAAAAGAAAAGGAAAAACUUCCUCCUCAUCACCAGUGAGGCAGUAUAAUCUGUGGAUCACUGACUGACUCACCAUGGGCACCGUACUAUCGUUAUCACCCAGCUCUCGCAAAUCAGGCUACUAUGACAACCGUCCCGGCUCUCUCAGCCACUACCCGAGCCUCAGCAGCCGCUCCCUCAACAGCCAGAAAGACCGCGGGCUAAAGAGGGGCCAGUCCAUCUUCCUCCCGGCACUCACAUGGAAAAGACUUGUGGCCUCUACAAAGAAGAAGGGCAACUCGAAGAAGGGCUCUGGUGGCCCGGUGGCCCUCGGGGAUCCUCUGAAUAACAACAACAACAUUAACAUCUACCAGAAGGAUCCCGUGCUGCACCUCAACCGUGAGAAUGUGAAGAAGUCGCUGUCAUGUGCCAACCUGUCCAGCUACGAGGGCCCAGCCGGUCUGGGUCUGGGGCUCGGCUACGGACUGGGGAUGGGUCAGGGACAUGGAUAUGGCUACAGCAAAUCCCAGCAGCUUUCCUCUGUGAAAAAAGUCCCGCAGGGCACGGUGACCUCAUCUCCGAAGCGCGUCAUCGUCCAGGCCUCCACCAGCGAGCUCCUCCGCUGUUUGGGGGAGUUCCUGUGCUGUCGCUGCUACCGCCUGAAGCAUCUGUCUCCAGCCGACCCGGUUCUCUGGCUGCGGGCUGUAGACCGCUCGCUGCUGCUGCAGGGCUGGCAGGACCAGGCCUUCGUUACUCCGGCCAACGUGGUCUUCGUCUACAUGCUGUGUCGAGACGUAGUGGAUGGUGAUCUAGUGGCGUCGGAGCACGAGCUGCAGGCCAUCCUGCUCACCUGCCUCUACCUGUCCUACUCCUACAUGGGCAAUGAGAUCUCAUACCCUCUUAAGCCCUUCCUAGUAGAGGCGGGCAAGGAGGCCUUCUGGGACCGCUGCCUCGCCAUCAUCGACGCCACAAGCUCCAAGAUGCUGCGCAUCAAUGCAGACCCGCACUUUUUCACACAAGUAUUUGCUGAACUCAAGAGCGAAGGAGGCUGCGGCCCUCAGGAUUAUAGCCGGGUGCUUGAUCGGUGAGCACCCAGCCUCGCUGACCACAUGCCUUUGUGUACACUCAUGCACUCGUACACACACACACACACACACACACAUAAUUGUCGUGCAGAUUGCUCCACCCCUUUUUCUUCUAUGAAGGCCUAUCUUAAAAGAAUUAUACAGAAGUAUUAAAUCAUUGCAUCUGUGCUCGUUGCCAUUGUCCCAUCCGUCCACAGAUAACUGGUUAAGUGGGGCUUACAGUUGUUUCUGAGUUUACUUUAACCAUUUGGGGAACCAUUUGGUCCACCUGCUCCCUCCCGUGUCUGGUCCCAGUCAUCCCAGCUGCUCCUCUGCAUCUGGACAGCCUCACCUUAACAUUAUCAAUCAGUAUGCACAAGGCAAGGAGAUGCCAUCACCUUACGCAAAUCACGUUUUUUUUCCAAUAGUGACAGAAGAGAAAAUAGGGCUCAGACAACAUAGUCCACAUGAAAAUUUCAUGGAUAAUACAAAGCAACAUCUUGACAUCCUCCACCGUCUCACGUGCCCGCGGUUCAGACUGAUGGGAACAGCUGAGACGUCCAUGUCUGCUCAGUAAAACAAAACGAACAGGCAGUGUGUUUUUGUGGAGCCUUUUGAGGGAACACUUGCUGUUUGUUUUUCCCGUCACUCACUCAAACCUGCCAGCGGCUCCCGUGUGUGUUAACGUCUCAUUUAACCCUGAGGAGGAAGUCGAACAUGCGUUUACCGUGGGCAUGUUUGGUGCAAGCGCAUGCAUGGCUGUGUGCGCAGGCAUCGUGCGCUGGACGGCAGCCAAGGUCAUCAGCUGUUUACCCCAUCCUUUGUUCCCUGCGUCUUGUUGACAGGGCACCCACAGCCGUGGUAUUAAUGAGAUUAGCCGAUUACUGCUGCCCCUCCCCUACGUCAACCUCUCCCCCCUUCUUGUCCGGUCGGCAGCCCUGCAGACCUUCAGUGGCUAAUCCAGCCCAGGCAGGACUGGGCAGGACUAUAGACACACACACGCGCACAUUAAAAUACUUUGCUGUGUGUGCUUUAUUCUCCAUGCUGCGUGAAUGUGUGGCACACGUGUGCAGCUCGGGGUCCGAGGUGAAGGCAGGAAAUCUUUCCAGAGGCCAUUCAGGCAGAAAUGACAGACGAAAGGCGUUUGUUGUUGUUGCUUCUGAAUUUGUCCCACUUUCUCAUCCCUCACCUGCGCAUCCUCAUCUGCCAUCAAGAGACUCUCAGGAACUGGGAGUUCCUUUCUCUCAUGUUCCUCCCUCCGCUCGACUAUUCCCUUGAAUGAAGCCAUUGGCAUUUGUGCUUCAGUGGCUUUAAUCCCUGGUCCUCGUGUGUUUUACUGUGCAUGUCAGUGAUGGGUCACAGAUGAGCUCCAAGUUCAUCGUUUUUAGAUUUUAAGAGCUUAUCAACUGCAUUUGAACCACUGUAGUCAUAAGAAGAUUUGGUUCUACAGUAAUUUAUAUUUGGUGGCUUUUUAUUUUUUUCUGGGAGCUCUCUCUCCUUUCACAUGCAUGCAGGGGAAGCCAGAGGAAGGGAGAGCAGCUGCAAGACCCAGCUGAGAACAGAGCAGGCAUCAGCGGCAGCAGACGUGAUAUUUAUUAAGUCAGACAGAGCGUGGAAGGACGAGCUGGGGUGGAAGUGGGUUGCAAAGUGACUUGCCCUAUAUGAGACAGCAAGUUGGCUCUGUAGAAGGGUAUCGGCUGAGCAAUCAGCUGAUGUAGGCUGGCGUCAAAAUCAGCUAAUCUGCCAAGAUUGCGGCUGAGCUUGAUUUCAUUGCCGCCCUGAACUAAAGCUACAUCUUGUAAUGCUGACAGCACAAUAAAAGCUCGAUUAAAGCCCAAAUGUUCAAAUUUUCAGAAAAACGCUAGAUGUAGGGAUUCUUUUAGAUUUUUUAAUCAAAGUUGAUAAAGUCACAUAUUUAAAGGGUUUUGGGGAGAAAAAUGAAGAGGUUAUUUUGGACUUAUGCUCCUUUAAAAAUUAAAUGUGUGUCUGUGACUCAUCACUGAUGCGUAUGCUGUCUAAUUGUAAAGCUUGUUUUUAAAAGAAAAAUGUAAUUCAUUUACAAAAAGAAAGCAAAUGUUUGUGGAAAAUAAGAUAUCCUUUUGUUCUCCUCCUCUUUUAAUCAUCUCAAGAUCCUUCAAAAUCUUUCCUGUGACCCUUAUUUUUGGGUUCUUGAGGGGGUUUAUGAUGCAUUUGAGCCAAGAAGCUGUUUAAAACCUAAAAAUCUCUUAUUGUGUGAAGUGGAAAUGCCUUAAUCUUAUUGUAGCAGGGCAUCUGGAGGUUUUGGUGCUCCACCUCCCUCCUCCACGUGGCAAUCACUUUGCUGUGAUGCUUCGCUAUAUUCUCGGCCACAAGGUCGUACGAUACACGAGCAUCCCUGCAACAGAUCUGACCUUUACACACAUGCAGACGGGCUGUUGCACAUGUAUUCUUCUUGGGUAAUCCACUUCUAAUCCUGCAGCCCAAUCAAACAGCGAGAGGGAACCCAGGAUGAAAACAUGGAGAAAUAAGCAAACAGUUCCCCUCGAGUGAAGCCUUCAAGCCCAGCUCUGACAAACUGAAGGCUGCCCCACCGCCUACUCCAGCUCAUCCAAGCUUGCUGGAGUCGAGCCUCCCUGCUCUCCUGAGGGGUCUCGCAUGAGCUCACACCAGCCUGAGAGGAGCGACGGCGGUGAGUCAUGCUCGGAGAGUCGAGAAGUGAAACAUCGCUUUCUCUACAGCGUUGACCAGCAGCCAUUUUGGACUUGUAGGUCAGCGCAGCUCUCUCUGCGGCUUGGCUUCGUCUCUAACAAGGACACUUGUGUCUUAACUCACCCCCUCCUGCCUCUCCCCUCCCUACACACACACUCAGCUGUUGUUCCCUGCCUGUUUCAUUAGAUUUGACACCCCACACCCGCCAGCUAUUGUCAGGACGAGGAAGGGCAGAAUGGGCCAGUUUGUUGGCACCGGCUUGGUUUGUGUUUGCGUGCGCAUGCAGGUCAAAGUUAAGGGCAACAUCUGCUUCCACCAUGCAGCUCGUGCAGACCUGGAUGAUAAUUAAAUCAUCUCAUUGACAUCAGGGAGAAAUGAGGAGUAGAGGAGCACAUCGUGACCCUUUUCUUUUAAUGAAAAAGGCCUUUUUCUUACACGUGGCCCAUUCUUCACUCUCUGUAGCAGCACAGACACAGCACAGAACCACGAUUAUAUCAGCCUGAUCGUUAGAAUUUGACCCUAAACAAAAAGGCAUCACCUCCCCCCCGCCCCUUUUUUCAGCACAUCUGUCCAAUCAGUCGGCACCUGGACGGUAUAGCUGUUCCUUAACUAACUCACUUUUUAGCUGGAGCUGUAAUUCUGGUUUAUCCCAUCAAAACCCCCCGAUACGAGUCCUGAACGGAUUCUUGCUUCUGACUGACGGCGGACACAGGACGCCUGUGACAUCUCCUGAGAUUUAACCGUGAUAAAACAUGACAUGUAGUGCAGUUUGGACCUCGCUCUGUAGAUGGGACCUCCGUCUGGGACUUUGGCAACUGAGAGUUACAGAAUAUUUCAGGAGGCUUUGGCCGUUUGUGAGCAAUGUUACAAAAGACUUAAAAGAUAAGUCUGGUGUUGUUCUUUAUUUUUCUUACUGUCAACAAGCAUCAGACUGAGUUUUUACGCUUUCAGACUUGUCUGCAAGCUGGUUCUGACUGAAGACGGGACGUGAAUGUAUACUUUUCUUUUAUGAAAAAAAAGGUGGGCACUUUAGUUUUUAACAUCAAUGACACAGGAGGAAAUUAGUUGGGGAAUUUACAGCUGCAGGGUUUGAGUUAGAAAAACUACAGUGCCUAUGUUCAUUAAAUUAGGCAGCAUGUGUUUGUGUUUAAGCUGCUGCGUAUCAAUAAUUAUUUGAUCUGUUGACACUAAGAAAUCUUGAAAGUACAUCACUGCUUAUCCUUUAAGCUGCCACAGCUCUGUGAGCUGUGUUAUUUCAGUGCUGCUGUAGGUUGGUGUGUCAUUUCAAUGGCACGCCUUAGACUGAUGAUGUAAAUAUGAGGAUGUGUAACAAAAAGAGCUGUUAAGAAUGAAAAAAUGAACAAAAACAAAUAGUGUUGCUGUGUAGUAGCAUGCAUGCCAGCCAGGUAGUUUAGAUAUUUUUCUUUCUUUUUUUUUUACUUCUGCUUUUGUUGGAUAUGUGUGAUGUUUUAAAUGAAUUUCUAUGGUAAUUUAAAACUGGAUCUCAUUGGUUACAGGAAACACGAUGUCGUCAGUAUUAAAGUCUCUCAUGGCUGCAGGUGUAACGAUCAUCAUUACCAUGGUCUGCUCAUGUUCAGAAACACUAGAGACAUUUAACGAAACAGAAAAGCUCAUUUUUCUAAAGUCCUGAAAGAUCAAAGCGUGUCAUGUGACCCGCUCUCACACCAGGCUUCGUUCGUCACGUCGCUAAGUUAGAUGUGGUCAGCUGGAGUUUUUUUUAAAACCCGAGCUCGCCCCUUUCUUGUUGCUAAAUUCGUAAAGAACUGAUCGAGUUAGAGGCUUUUCUCAUCAAUGCACCAGCUGGUGACACAAAGGCGUCCAUUGUGCGCGCAGCAGUCGUCGCAGGCAGCUCCGGCUCGGCCUGCGUCCUCUCUGAUGCAAAACAACACGUUAAAAUUUCACCACAACUUCACUUUAUUUCUGCGUCUUUUCCUGUGCCAGGAGUGGACAGAUGUUAGUCCAGAGAUAAAUAUGUGACUGUCCAGUCCAUCUCCUCCUCCACCGCUGCUGCUGCUCCUGAGUUUCCAUGGUUACUUUCCUCAGCCAUCUUUUAUAACUGUCACACCGAGAUGAAGCAGCACCUCGAGCGACUUUUGUAAAGCCACUCAAGUGUGCGUCUCUCUAAAAGUGAAAAUACUGUUGAUUGGGAAAACUUGAAGAAAAACAAAUGUGACUGUUUCAUUUUUUUUCUUUUUUUUGUUGUUUAUUUCCUUUUUCAUGAUGAUGACGAUGAUGAUGUUUACUAUAUUGAUUAUUUAAUAAAGUAUUGAGCUGAAAUCCAAA